AUGAGAACCGCCAUCGAACUGUACCACGCAAGCUUCGAUCGGCUGAAGCUGUCGAGCCGUCUGAUCGGUGCCGGUCUUUGGGAGCAAAAGUACGGCUUUACCUGGGGCCGUAUAGCGAGUUUGACGCAGAUCGUGAUGUUUCUCGGUUUGCACGUGUGGACGGGUUACAAGUACCGGGAAGACGCGCUCGAGAUGCUCGAAUCACAGUCGCUCAUCUGUACGGGUCUGGCGCUCAUGAUCAAGUACUUCACGAUGAUCCGCAACCGUGAUCCGGUCCGUGAGCUAACGGGCAACAUUGAGCGGGAAACGUACACAAAGUAUCAGGAAACGAGCAACGAGUAUCCGGUGGUGCAAAAGUAUAGCCGUGUGCUGUACAUCGCAGGACAUAUCAUGAUCGGCGGAUACUUUGGAUCGCUGUUCAUCAUUUGGAUCAAUCCGUUGUUCGUGUACUUUACCGAGGGUCGGGUAAUGUUGCUGUUUUUCUGUGAAAUCCCGUACGUCGAUUGGACGGUGAACAGGGGCUAUUGGAUUACGGUCACGUUACAGAUUGCAUUUUAUGUUACGGGCACCUGUGGGUUGAUUUUGGUCGACUACUUGUGUGCGUUUUUUACCAUCAACGGAUCGCUUUACGUGGACCUGUUGCGUUUUCAUCUGAACGAGUUGAGUGAGCUGCUGGCGGAGCCGGGCUAUCAAACGCGCAGUUCGCCGGAAAUAAUCGAGAAGGUCAAUCGCAAGUGGAGAAUCUGUCUAGUGGAGCAUCAGCACAUCGUAGAAUAUUAUGACAAGUUUUCCGAUUUGUGGAGCAUGAUCAACCUGGCGCAAUGUGAAUCUUGA